AUGGAGGACUCACUGCCGAGGACAGUUGGGGAUGAUGUUGAUGGUGUACCAGAACGCGCACGCGCCCUCGCCGGUUUUGGCACGUCACCAGCGAGCCAAGGAAUUGAAUGUGCAAGCCCGCCUCUUAGGGCCACCGUGUUUGUGUCCAAGGAUACGGACCCGGAUGUCAGUGCCAGUGCCAGUGCCGGUGACGGAACAAUCUGCCAUGGAGAUGGUGACCAAAACAGCGAGGCUUCCAUGGCUGCUGAGGCUUCGAGCCAUGGUGACCACGCACAAGCACAGCAGGAGCACAAGAUCGUCUUGCCGAACCCGACGCUGCCUUGUAGUGUCGUACGAGCCCUUGUGGCUCUAGACCAGUAUCGCAAGGGCACUCGUAGCCCAGAGAGCGUCGCCAUCAUCCCGAUGAAGGCUGGCGAAUUCGACUUGCUGGUGAACUAUCUUUUUGAGCCGGCGGAGCGCGCCGAUGUCUCGGGAUACGCUGGCAGAGCACCUUCCAUCUACGAUGGUGGUGCAUGGACCGCCACCAUCUCCGAGCAGAAAGCCCACGCCGACCACAACGAAACGGAGACGCUUGGACUGGGACUGGGACUGGGACUGGGGCUGAGAUUGGAUGAAGACCGACUUCGUGCUUUUGUUCAGCGUUCCAAAAUCAAAUGGGACUACCUGUUUGCUUUGCAGCAGCUCGCCAUCAUCAUGAAUGAGACAAAGCUGCAAUUGGCGCUCAAAUCGAGUUUUCCACAGUUGUGCUUGGACACGGCUAGAGAGACCGCCAACCGCCCCGGUCAUCGCGAAUACGAAACGCUUCUCGCAAAUCUCGUAGUCAAAACAGAACACAUGUACAAAUUCGAGGACAACAUAUCGUCAGACAGCAACUACUCUCCACAAUCCAACAGCACAGAUUCGUCGAAACGCUCGCUGAGCGCUUCAGCCAACAGCCCGGACACGGCGAUGAACAAACCAUACUCGCUUCGACUGACGCCGCGUCUGCACACCCCCGUUCCCGGCCAAUCAGCACCGGAAGAAGACAGCGACGGAUCGGACCAGAGCUCCUGUGUGCGUUCUCAGACGGUUGACAGCGUCAUCCAGCAGAAGAGGUUGCGAGUGGGACUUCGCAUCCCGGAUCCCUGCAUGGCUUUCGAGAUCCAGUUUUCCUACCCGAGACCGUCCGAAGUAGUUGAGGCUCUUCUGUCUGUGUUCGCGGGUGAUAUCCAUUGCAUUGUCUGCCUUUGCGUCGAGUACCGCAACCAGAAGACACGUUUCCAUCAGAUAUACAAUCCGCCUCCGUAUGACGUCCAAGUCAAGAUCUGGCGAUACGUCGCCCGCGACGGCGACAAGCCCCCUGGAGUAUCCUAUGCAGUCCACGAUCUCCGAAUUAGCAAUCAAACGAACGCUGCUGCGCAAGGCCAUUCCCAUGCCACCAAAGACACGAAUGACGGGGGCGACACAAACAGAACACCAGAGACUGUUGACUUCUACCUCCGUGACUUUCAUCGCGACCUACCUGCUGACGUCCUGGUACAUGUUCCUCGCCAAGCUAUUCUUGACCAGGUCGACCAGGCGCUGGAGAAAUUACGAUUCAAUGAUGCUGAUGAUCUGGAGGGCAACGAGAGAAUCAAAGAUCGAAAGACUAGUAGACCGGACGAGGAAUGUCGUUUUUAG